AUGAAUGCCUCCUUGUCCUUCUACCGCUGCCAGGCAUCUCGCUGGGUGGAAAAGGGCUCCUCGGCGACAAUGGGCGGCUUGCUCUUCAGUGCAGGACUGCUGGGCAACCUGCUGGCGCUGGUGCUGCUGGCACGAUCUGGCCUGGGGUCCUGCCGGCCGCGGCCACAGCGCCCUCUACCCUCGGUCUUCUACGUGCUAGUGUGCGGCUUGACGGUCACAGACUUGCUGGGCAAGUGUCUAAUCAGCCCGGUGGUUCUGGCUGCCUAUGCGCAAAACCGGAGCCUACAGGAACUGUUGCCUGCCGGGAGCAGUAAGUUAUGUCAAGCCUUCGCCUUCAUUAUGUCCUUCUUUGGACUAGCCUCGACGUUACAGCUGCUGGCUAUGGCGCUGGAGUGCUGGCUGUCUCUGGGACAUCCCUUCUUCUACCAAAGGCACAUUACCCUGCGCAGGGGAGUGCUGGUGGCUCCUAUUGUGGGAGCCUUCUGCUUGGCUUUCUGUGCACUCCCCUUCGCUGGCUUUGGGAAGUUCGUGCAGUACUGCCCAGGCACCUGGUGCUUCAUCCAGAUGGUCCAUGAGAAGCGCUCGCUGUCGGUUCUCGGCUUCUCCGUGCUCUACUCCAGCCUCAUGGCGCUGCUGGUCCUGGCUACCGUGCUCUGCAACCUGGGUGCCAUGCACAACCUCUAUACCAUGCACAGGCGCCUGAGGCGCCACCCUCGCUGCUGCCUCAGGGACCACUCCCAGACAGGCUCAGGUCACAGGCAAGAGUCCCUGCAUCCCCUGGAGGAGCUGGACCACCUCCUGCUGCUGGCUCUGAUGACAGUGCUCUUCACUGUGUGUUCCCUGCCUUUUAUUUAUCGUGCUUACUAUGGAGCCUUCAAACGUGUUACCACAACUGAAGGAGACUCGGGAGAUCUCCAGGCCUUGCGGUUUCUGUCUGUGAUUUCAAUCGUGGACCCCUGGAUUUUCAUCAUUUUCAGGACGCCAGUAUUCCGGAUGUUAUUUCACAAGAUCUUCAUAAGACCUCUGGUUUUCAGAAACUGGCACAGCCAUUCCUACCAAUCUAAAACGGAAUCCACUUUGUGAGACCUGAGUGCUCUGGGUUUCUCUGUGUAACAGACAACAAUAAGUAUUCCUUCUACAUGAAAGUAUUUUUGAAAAGAUUCUAGAACUGGACUGAGAAAACAAGAGGAGAGGCACCAAGGCCAAGUUUUGGGUCUGAAGGACAGAAAUGUAGAAGAAUGCAGGCACAAACGAGGGCAGCCUGUCCAGGCUUAGUAGCUCCAUUUGGAAGAAGUGUGGGACUUAAGACCAAAGCUUGCAGGAGAAGAGGCUGAAAGAGUGGUAGGUUUCUCACCGUGAGGUAAUGGGCGGGUCAGCUGGAGGGGUUGGAGUUCUGGGAGGCUCUGCCUGCUAGUAACUGGAGGCUCUGGAAUGAGGGCAGUCUGGUGGUGAGGGUCACACAGGAGAGUGAACUGUGACUGUGGCAGGCAGGGGCACCAGAGAACAUGAAGAUAGUUGUGUCUGGCCUGGGGCAGCUCUCUGUACCAGUCUCUAUACUGGACCCUAGCUCCCAGCUAAGGAUGAUGAAUUUCAAAACUGCCUGGCCCUGGGCUCCCCUAAUGUGGGUCCCACUUUAUUACAGGAAAGGUAGUUUAUGUUUUGUUUUUUUCUGUGUGUUUUGUGUUUUGGUUUUUCACUUGAAGGGAGACACAAAGACUCUGUAUGUGCAGGCCCAGAGAAGCGUGACCUUCAAAUGUGAACAAAGUUAAUGCUAGGCACAGCAGAAUCCAAGUGCUUAAGGUUGAGUUAUUCAAAGUCACAAUUUGGCUAUAGGAUAGUCUCAGGAGUGAAUGCAUCACUGCAAGGUGUCUUUUUAACAAGCAGUGUGGGCAUCAAUACAAAGGGAAGAGCGUAGAAGCAUGAGAGAUCAAAGUCUUGCUACCAUCACACAUGUCGGGAAGAGGCAGGCAAGAUGGAACUGGAUUCAGACAGCAAGGAGAGAGGAAAUAACUGCCCAGUGCUGAGGAGGUGGAGCUCAUGGGAUCCCACUGUGACUCGAGAUAUCCACCAUGUGACUCCUCAGGGAUCCCACCAUGGGGCUGGGUUUGUGUCCUUUCAGGUCCCUUGCAGUUCACAACUUUCUGCUUCUGAGUCUCAGUGCUCCCAUAAACCAUCCAGGAAAGGAGAAGCUCUCUGAGCCCAGUGUUUUCUCUUCCCCUACAUUCCCAGUUUUCCUAGAUAAUAAGUUACAGUUCCUGAUUGAGGUUAUGACGGGUUUUAAUACACACUACCCAUCCAGCUUAAGAAAAAACUAUUUGUCUUUCUUGCUUCUCUGUUGCUGGGAUUAAAUACUCUUACACAAGCAACAUCUAAGGAAGAAAGGUGCACUUUGUUUUAUAGCUGCAAGGAACUCCAUCAAGGAAAGUCAAGACAGCAGGAGUUUGAGAGCUGGUUGAACUGUGACUGCAGUCAGGGAGCAGAUGAUGCUAAUACUCAGGUCACUUCCCCCAUCGUAUCCAGUACAGUAUGCCAGUCACCCAUAAUGGAUGGAUCUCCCCACCUCAACUAAAUCAAAACAGUCCCUCACAGGCAUGACCAGAGGUUAACCUAACCUAGUAAUGCUUUAUAUAAUAGUUCUAAUAAACUAAUAAUCCUCCAUGGGUGUUCCUAGGGGCAUGUCUCCUAGGCAAUUUCGGGUGCUGUCAAGUUGACAACAUUAACCACCAUGCUAACUAUGAAGGCUAUUCAUUUAGUCACAAUGCCUUUCUUUGCUCAGAUGAAGCAAAGCUAAGUGAGGUCUGGCAAGUGGGGUUUCCUCUCCCUGCCUUUCACAAUCACCUGACUUAGUGAAGGGCAGCAUCAGGUCUCAUCUGUUACUGACAAAGGGGGAACAUUCCAGUCUUCGAGACAACUGAGGAUUCAGAAAUCAGUCUAAUCUUGGAAAUCAUCACAAUGGAUGUGUCUAGAAUUUAUCAUGCUUCCUGACAAAGAAUGUGCAAACUCAAAAGACUUGAUUUUUGUUGUUUUUUUUUCUAUUACUGGAAUGUUAAAACUAUAAGGAUAAUCAAGCAUCAUCGAGAAAAACAAGAAAUAGUUUUUCAGCCAAGCUCAUAAAGUACCUUGAUGGCUUCAUACUUAGGAAGCACUGGGAACCUAAUUGGAAAUAUGACACAAAGUCACACAGCCCGGGUACCAGGUGCUGCCAUUUUGAACUGUCUUACCUACUUUUCUGUUGCUGUAAUAAUAUAGGGGACCAAGGCAACUUAUGAACCUGAGUGUUUAAUUUAGGGCUUACAGUUCCAGAGGGUUAGAACAAGAACUUGAGGAAGGAACAGCUGAGCAUUCCCAUCUUGGUCUAGAAGUAGAAGACAGAGAGAGUUAACUGGAAGUGGCUAGAGUCUUUGAAUCCUCAAAACCACUCCCAAGACACACUUCCUCUACCAAGCCACACCUGCUAAUCCUUCCUAAGCAGUUCUACCAACUGGGGACCAAGUAUUCAUGCACGUGAGCUUUUGAGCUAUCUCAUUCAAAACACUAUUAGGAUAUUGUUUGAAAACAACAAAGCCCCAAAUCAUAGAUUAUUACACUUACGACUGUACUGAAAAGACACCCAGGAAAACAAUGAAGCCAGUAGCUUGCUUCCGUCAAUUUAGUAUCAGUGCAACAGACCACCAGACCUUAGCACAACUGAUGUCAUGACGGAAGAACCAUUCAGGCUUUGAAUCCAAAUAGGUAGCAACACCUGCUAAAAUGAGAAUAAAGACAUAACCUAUCAAAGUCCCGGACUCUGGGAAAGUCCCUAGGUGUACAAACCUUGCUUUUUGGCUUCUGUAAUUGUGCUUCUGGCUAACAAUUCUUGCUAAUAAGGUGUGUCAACCCAGAAUGUGAUUUUUGUUCUUAAAUGUCCACUUUGAGAAAAUCUCAUGUGACACUGGGAUUCCAAACACCCAGGGUCAUUGCUGGCCAGCUAAUAAAGACUUUUUAUGGGUUUGAA